AUGGUUGUGAGAGAAUCAAUAACGAUUGCCAACGAAGGAAUAGAAGAAAUUAUAAUAAAUGGAAAGACGGGUGAGCAAACAAACGAAGGGUUUGCCACUGAUGAUUUGAGCAGUUUUGACGAUACCACCACGUCUACAGAUUCGUCCACACCGCCAUCAAUUUCCGACUCUCCAGACCCCAAAUCAGAUCAACGUGUAGCACUCACUCGCACCGUAGAAGCACUUCGCGAGAACCCAAAUGACAUUUCGCUUCUUAUUUCUCUCUCUGAGGGCUACAUCACCCUCAAUGACCUCGAUCUCGCACUCGAAUGUCUCGAUAACGCAAUAGAACUGGAUCCACGCAACGCAGAAGCGCUUGGUAAACGAGGUGACUUGUAUCAAGAAUUGGACAGAUACAACGAAGCACUUGAAGAUUUUACUAAAUCGCUCAAGAUAAAACCAAAUGACAGUUUCACUCUAGCGGGAAGAGGCGCAGUAUACAGGAUGAUGGGAAAGCUCAGUGAAGCUUUAAAUGAUUUGAACAAGUGUUUGAAAAUCGAUCCUAAAGAUCAGUUUGCACUGAGAACCAGAGGCGAAGUGUAUUGCAGCGUGGAAAAAUACGAAAAGGCUAUCGACGAUCUAAACAAGGCGUUGGAAUUAAAACCAGAUGAUGUCAUUGCAUUGGGCGAUCGUGGAGAAGUGUAUUAUUUGAUGGACAGGCUGGAGGAUGCGCUUGAUGAUUUUGCCGCUGCCUUGGAAUUGGACCCUAAAAACAUCUUUGCCUUGACAAAGAGAGGGGCGGUAUUUUAUCGUCUUGCCGCGUACGAGAAUGUGUUGGAAGAUCUUAACAAGGUAUUGGAGCUGGAAAAAGACAAUGCAUUUGCACUGAGAUAUAGGGGAUCUGUGUAUGGUCUAUUGGGCAAAUACGACGAAGCAUUAGAAGACAUGAAUCACGCGUUGAGGUUAAAUUCCGACGAUGCGUUGAUACUAAGAGACAGGGGAGAACUAUAUCGGAAAUUGGGUCAAUACGACAAGGCAUUAGCCGACGUCAAUAGAUCUUUGCAAUUAGAUCCACAAAACGCGUUUGCGUUUAGAAUACGCGCUGCUGUAUAUUGUCGACUGGGUCAAUACGACGAAUCGCUGACCGAUCUACAAAAAGCACAAAAAAUCAAACCGCACGAUUCGUUUGCUCUACGCACAAGAGGUGACGUAUACCGACUGCUCGAACGAUACGACGAGGCACUGGACGAUCUCGACACUGCGAUAGUACUCAAGCCCGACGACACCUUUGCGCUCAGCACGCGCGGCAGAGUGUAUUACAUGCUGGAAUGCUACGAGGAGGCGCUCGCAGAUCUGGACAGUGCUCUAGAAAUAAAACCCGCCAAUGGCUUUGCUCUUCGCACGCGAAGUCGUGUUUACUACAUGUUGAACAGAUUCGAAGACGCUCUGGUCGAUUUAAACAAGGCUCUCGAACUCGAACCGAAUGACACAUCUGCUCGAGCAAGUAGAGGCGAAGUGUUUAGAGUGUUGAACAGACAUGAAGAGGCGCUUGUCGAUCUUGACUGGGCUUUGAGACAGGAACCUGAAAACGUGUUUGCGCUGGGAAACAGGAGUGAGAUAUACAGAUCGUUAAAGAGAUUUGAUGAGGCGUUGGCUGAUUUGGACAAGGCUCUUGAGAUUGAACCGGACAAUCCACUUGCAUUAAAGAAUAGAGGGGAAGUGUUUCGAAUGAUGGGAUACUAUGAAGACGCGCUGGCUCAAGUAUACCAAAUGCUGGAAAAAUACGAGAACGCACUGGCUGACCUUAACGAUGCGAUUGCGCUCGAACCCGACAACAGCUUUACUCUGCGUUGUCGAGGUAACGUCUAUCGAUUACUACACAGAUACGAGGAAGCGCUAAUAGACCUCGACAAGGCGGUCAACCUUGAGCCUAACCAUGUAUGGGCUCUAUGUUAUCGCGCGCAAGUGAAUCACGCUCUUGGCAAUUAUCAAAAGGCGCUACAGGAUCUUGACAAGGCUUUAAUAGUACAGAACGAACAUUGGUUUCCGCUUGUUGCUCGUGGAGCAGUGUACAGGUCGCUUGAAAAAUACGACAAGGCUCUGAGCAAUUUCAAUCAAGCGCUUCAGUACGAACCCGAAGAUGACUUUGAUGUUCGAUAUCAAAACGAGGCAUUGAUUCAUCGAGGAGGUAUAUACGGUAUACUUGGGUGUUAUGACGAGGCGCUGAGAGAUCUCGACAAGGCGUUACAAGUCGAGCCGGAAAGUGUGUUUGGAUUUUGCGAGCGAGGUGCUACAUAUAGGGCAAUGGGAGAAUUUGGUUUGGCUCGGUCUGACUUGGAAAAGGCGCUCACGCUUGAUCCUGCAAAUCAACUCGCAUUGGGUGAGUUGGAUAAAAUUAAUAAAUUGCUCAUGAAAGGCAAUGAUGAACAGCAGGAUCAUACGAGUUGUAAUGGUGUUGAGAGUUAA